AUGUCAACAUUCAAGAAGAUCUUCCCAACUCUUCUCCUUCUCCCAGCUUUGGGUCUUUCGGCUUCCUACCCAAGUCCGGUUGCUACCCCCCAAUCCUCGGAUGACACGGAUCAAAUCACCUGUUCUGAGCCAGGAAGCGGGUUUGUCACCAGCCAACAAGCCAACAGCCUCGUCAACGAGUUCAAUCGCUUGAUCUGCCAAUCGAACCCAAGCGCCCCCAUUUCUCUCAAUCCGUUCGAGGGGGUUUCGGUCGACGAUCCGUCAGGAACCAUCCUCUUUCAGAACACCCUGAACAUGGUGGCAACACCGCCUAGCUGUGGUGAGGUCGUUGAUGACUUUCUAAAGCUAUUGGCUCAGUGUUUCACUGGACAGGGCAGCUAUGGAGGCGUCUUGAUUGAGACUGCUGGCGGUGGGAGGACCUCGUACGUUAUCAAGUCGCCAUGA